AUGACCCAGAAACACUUCAGAACUCAAUUCAUCAUUUUUAUUUGCUUUGUGAAGAUUCGCUUCGCGUUUUUACGUCCAGGAAGUUUAAGAAAAAAAAAAGGUUGCCAUUGGCAUCAGCUGAUCUCGAAAUAUAAAGAAGCACUUAGUCGAAGUGUUGUCGUUGUUGAUCAAUUAGUUUCCAUUUCAAAACACUCAGGAUAA